CUCACAGCAACAUUUCCUCAUUAUUUGAUCCCAAUUUGGCGAAUGCGGCGGAGGCGCACAUUCGAUCGUCUUCCGUGUGUUACCAGUGAAAGACAAAUCGACAUAUUUUUUGCCGGUUAUUUACUUUUUUUGAAGACACUAGUGGCUCAUUCGGGAUUUGUUGUCCGGGGAAAUGAAAAACAAGGGAUUCUCGUUGUUGGAUCUGACGGCUUUGUUGGGCUCCUUUCUUUUGUCGCUGCAAACUGCGCACGGAGAUGUGGCUUAUUAUAUUCCAGAGGAGAUGAAGCGCGGAUCUAUUGUUGGAAAUAUAGCCAAAGAUAUUGGAAUAGAAGUGGGCCAGCUGUCUGUUCGACGGGCUCGCAUUGACGGAGACGGCAACAGCAAACGGUAUUUUGACAUGAAUUUGAACACUGGAGACGUUGUUGUUGCAGACAGGAUUGACCGAGAGGGGCUUUGUGCCAAAAGGCCAUCCUGCGUUUUGAAGCAGGAGCUUGUUUUGGAAGAGCCUUUAGAAUUGCAUCGGAUCAAUAUUCACGUCCAUGACAUUAAUGAUAAUUCACCUCAGUUCAAAAAGGACACCAUUCAUUUGGAGAUCAGUGAAUCUGCAGUUAAAGGGGGUCGCUACCGUUUAGACGAGGCCCACGACGCAGAUGUGGGGCAGAAUGCAAUCCAAAGCUAUGUCAUUGAAAACAAUCAACACUUUAAAUUAAACGUUGUCGCAAAAAGCGCCGGAGGGAAGUAUGGGGAAUUAGUAAUAGAAAAGGAGCUCGACAGAGAGCAAGAACAGGAGCUAAUGAUUGUGCUUAUUGCAAAAGACGGAGGCACACCUCAGAGAUCGGGGACAGUAGUCGUACACAUCAACGUGCUGGACGCGAAUGAUAAUGCCCCAGUGUUCAGCCGAGCAAUUUAUAAAGCCAGUCUGCCUGAAAAUUCUCCUCCAGAUACAGUUGUGAUUAAUGUAAGUGCAACUGAUGCUGAUGAGGGAGUCAAUAGUGAGGUAACGUAUGACUUUGAUCACAUCUCUGAUGAAACGAAUAGUGUGUUUGCUCUUGACAAAGAAACUGGUGCAGUAAGUGUCAGUGGGUCCAUAGAUUAUGAGGAGGUGUCCUCUUAUGAAAUGCAAAUUACAGCCAAGGAUGGCCUCGGCUUGGUGUCAUCUUGUACAUUAAUCAUUGACAUAACAGAUGUGAAUGACAAUGCCCCGCUGAUGUUUGUUAAGUCCUUGAAAAAUCCCAUUUCAGAAAAUACUCCUACUGGAACAGAGGUGGGCAUCAUUAAUGUGCAGGACAGAGACUCUGAGGAGAACGGACAGGUCCGCUGCUCCAUACAGCAAAAUGUCCCCUUUAAGUUAGUUCCUUCUAUUAAAAACUAUUAUUCUCUGGUGACGACGGAACAACUUGACCGUGGAAGAGUGCCUGAUUACAACAUUACAAUCAGUGCCACUGACGAGGGCUCCCCUCCUCUGUCCUCUUCAAAAAGUGUUCACUUGUCUGUCGGGGACAUCAACGACAACCCACCUGUGUUUGAGGAGCAGUCCUACAGCGCAUAUGUGAGUGAAAAUAACAAAGCUGGCUCCACUUUAUGCUCUGUUAGUGCUCAAGACCCCGACUGGAGACAGAACGGCACUGUGAUUUAUUCUCUUUUACCUUCUGAAGUGAACGGUGCCCCGGUGUCCUCCUAUGUGUCUGUGAAUGGAGACACGGGGGUGAUCCACGCUGUCAGGUCGUUUGAUUACGAACACUUGAGGAGUUUCCAAGUCCACGUCAUGGCCCGAGACAACGGUUCUCCUCCGCUGAGCAGCAACGUGAGCGUCAGCGUGUUCAUAUCGGACGUGAAUGACAACUCUCCUCAGAUACUGUACCCAGCCCCGGAGGGCAACUCAUUCAUGACCGAGCUGGUCCCCAAAGCUGCACAUGGAGGCUCUGUGGUGUCCAAAGUGAUUGCGGUGGACGCCGACUCGGGACAGAAUGCCUGGCUGUCCUAUCAUAUUGUCAAGUCCACAGACCCGGGACUUUUCACCAUUGGUCUCCACAGUGGAGAGAUCAGGACCCAGCGGGACAUUUCGGAGUCUGACAGCAUGAAACAGAACCUGAUUGUGGCCGUGAAAGAUAACGGACAGCCCCCUCUCUCUGCCACCUGCUCCAUGUAUUUACUUAUUUCGGAUAACUUGGCCGAGGUGCCGGAACUGAAGGACAUUUCUUAUGACGACAAGAAUUCCAAGCUGACCUCUUACCUGAUCAUCGCUCUGGUGUCCGUGUCCACCUUCUUCCUGACCUUCAUCAUCAUCGUCCUGGAUGUAGAUGGCACAGGAACUUUACGCAGCACCUACAACUAUGACGCCUACUUGACAACAGGCUCCAGAACCAGUGACUUUAAGUUUGUGUCGUCUUACAAUGACAACACGCUGCCUGCUGACCAGACUUUGAGGAAAAGUCCAAGUGACUUUGUUGAUGAGCUUCAUGAUUCAUUUGACCCCUUGGAGUGUUUGUGUCAGAGAAUGGCGCAUUUGCGGCACGCCGUCCGAUGCCGCAGCUUUGCCUUUUUCUUUGUUCUUGUCGGAUAUGCACACGGAGACCUCAGCUACUCGACUCAAGAGGAGCUGAAACGCGGAGCUAUGAUUGGAAAUAUUGCCAAGGAUCUUGGAUUGGAGGUGGGCAAAUUGUCUGCUCGCAAAGCUCGUGUUGAUAUGGAAAAGAACAACAAACAGUAUUGCGGCAUAAACCUCCGGACGGGAGAUUUAAUGGUUGCUGACAGAAUUGACCGCGAGGAGCAUUGCGGGAAGCCUUCGUGUGUUCUGAAAUUCGACCUGCUGCUGGAAAAUCCUUUGGAAUUGCACCGGCUGUCUUUGCAAGUUCAGGAUGUGAAUGAUAAUGCUCCCGUUUUCCCCAAGAAUAUGAUAAAGCUGGAAAUAAGUGAGUCCGCUGAUAAAGGAGCCAAAUAUCGCAUUAAUGCGGCGCAUGAUUCGGAUAUAGGAACAAAUUCUGUCCAAAGCUACAUUCUGCAAGAAAAUGGCAAUUUUGUGUUUCGCAUUCAAACGACAAAUGCCGGCAGUAAAUACGGCGAGCUGAUUUUAGAUAAAGAUUUGGACAGAGAAGAGCAGCAGGAAAUGAAAUUAUUGCUAACGGCACUGGGUGGUUCUCCUCAGAGAUCUGGGACUGUAGUCAUUCAUGUCAUCGUACUUGAUGCUAAUGACAACGCCCCAGUUUUUACCCAGACUGUUUAUACAACCUCUGUGAAGGAAGACGCAGCCUUAAAAACCCCAGUUAUCACCGUGAGUGCAGCAGAUGCUGAUGAAGGAAUAAAUGGAGAAGUUACAUACGAGUUCAGCAGGCUUUCUGAGAAAGCAAAAAAUAUGUUCUCCAUUAAUGAGAAAACUGGAGAAAUUCUUGUGGUAGGUGAGAUAGAUUAUGAAGAAGCAUCAAACCAUGACGUGUUGGUUGAAGCCAAAGACGGUUAUGGACUUUCUUCUGAGGCAAAAGUAAUAAUUAAUAUAAUUGAUGUCAAUGACAAUGCCCCUGUGAUCAAUGUAAAGUCACUGUCCAACCUAAUAUUGGAGAAUGUGUCACCUGGUACAGAGGUGGGCAUUGUUAAUGUGCAGGACAGCGAUUCAGAGGAGAAUGGGCAGGUCCACUGCUCCAUACAGGAAAAUGUCCCCUUUAAGUUAGUUCCUUCUAUUAAAAACUAUUAUUCUCUGGUGACAAUGGAACAACUUGACCGUGAAAGAGUGCCUGAUUACAACAUUACAAUCAGUGCCAUUGAUGAGGGCUCCCCUCCCCUGUCCUCUUCAAAAAGUGUUCACUUGUCUGUAGCAGACAUCAAUGACAAUCCACCUGUGUUUGAGGAACAAUCCUACAGCGCAUAUGUGAGUGAAAACAACAAAGCUGGCUCCACGUUAUGCUCCGUUAGUGCUCGAGACCCCGACUGGAGACAGAACGGCACUGUGGUUUAUUCUCUUUUACCUUCUGAAGUGAGCGGUGCCCCGGUGUCCUCCUAUGUGUCUGUGAACGGAGACACGGGGGUGAUCCACGCUGUCAGGUCGUUUGAUUACGAACACUUGCGGAGUUUUCAAGUCCACGUCAUGGCCCGAGACAACGGUUCUCCUCCACUGAGCAGCAACGUGAGUGUCAGCGUGUUCAUAUCGGACGUAAACGACAACUCUCCUCAGAUUUUGUACCCCGCCCCGGAGGGCAACUCCUUCAUGAACGAGGGUCAGUAUAUACUCAGGUUUUCGAGCCUUGGACUGAUUUGCUCAUCAUCCGUUGCUGAAAUUGACAACAUCGACGCGCUUUGUCGACAUAACCUCGGAGCAGAAACACAAAACCGCUUGUGUGGGGUAUCUAAACUUUUCAUCGAUAAAACUACAGUGCUGUCGUGUCUGCAUUGCUGUGAAAGAAUGACGCAUUUACGGCACAUCGUCCGAUUCCGGAGUUUUGCCUUUUUCUUUGUUCUGGUCGAAUAUGCACACGGAGACCUCAGCUAUUCUGUUCAAGAGGAGCUGAAACGCGGAGCUGUGAUUGGAAACAUUGCCAAGGAUCUCGGAUUGGAGGUGGGCAAACUGUCUACUCGCAAAGCUCGUGUUGAUAUGGAAAAGAACAACAAACAGUAUUGCGGCAUAAACCUCCGGACGGGAGAUUUAAUGGUUGCUGACAGAAUUGACCGCGAGGAGCAUUGCGGGGAAAAGCCUUCGUGUGUUCUGAAAUUCGACCUGCUGCUGGAAAAUCCUUUGGAAUUGCACCGGCUGUCUUUGCAAGUUCAGGAUGUGAAUGAUAAUGCUCCCGUUUUCCCAAAGGAUAUUAUAAAGCUGGAAAUACGUGAGUCCGCUGAUAAAGGAGCCAAAUAUCGCAUUAAUGCAGCACAAGAUCCAGAUGUAGGUACAAAUUCUGUUCAAAGUUACAUUUUGCAAGAAAAUGGCAAUUUUGUGUUUCACAUUCAGACGACAAAUGAUGGCAGUAAAUACGGCGAGCUAAUUUUAGAUAAGGAAUUGGACAGAGAAGAGCAGCAGGAAAUGAAAUUAUUGCUAACGGCACUGGGUGGUUCUCCUCAGAGAUCUGGGACUGUAGUCAUUCAUGUCAUCGUACUUGAUGCUAAUGACAACGCCCCAGUUUUUACCCAGACUGUUUAUACAACCUCUGUGAAGGAAGACGCAGCCUUAAAAACCCCAGUUAUCACCGUGAGUGCAGCAGAUGCUGAUGAAGGAAUAAAUGGAGAAGUUACAUACGAGUUCAGCCGCCUUUCUGACAAAUCUCAAAAUCUCUUUUCCCUCGAUCACAAAACUGGUGAACUGCAAAUAAUGGGAACUCUUGAUUUUGAAGAAGGAUCCAAAUUUGAAGUGUUUGUUGAGGCAAAAGACGGUUAUGGACUCUUUUCGGAGGCAAGGGUAAUUAUUCAUAUAAUUGACGUCAAUGACAACGCUCCAUUUAUACAACUGAAAUCACUGUCUAAUCCAAUACCAGAGAAUGUGCCACCUGGAACAGAAGUGGGCAUCGUUAACGUACAGGACAGCGACUCUGAGCAGAAUGGACAGGUUCGCUGCUCCAUUCAUCAAAACGUCCCUUUUAAAUUAGUUCCUUCGAUUAAAAAUUAUUAUUCUCUGGUGACCACUGGACAACUUGACCGUGAACUUGUGUCUGAUUACAACGUUACAAUCAGUGCCAUUGACGAGGGCUCUCCUCCUCUGUCCUCUUCAAAAAGUGUUCACUUGUCUGUAGCGGACAUCAACGACAACCCACCUGUGUUUGAGGAACAGUCCUACAGUGCAUAUGUGAGUGAAAAUAACAAAGCUGGAUCCACUUUGUGCUCUGUGAGUGCUCAAGACCCCGACUGGAGACAGAACGGCACCGUGAUUUAUUCUCUGUUACCCUCUGAGGUGAACGGUGCCUCUGUGUCCUCCUUUGUGUCUGUUAAUGGAGACACGGGGGUGAUCCACGCUGUCAGGUCGUUUGACUACGAACACUUGAGGAGUUUUCAAGUCCACGUCAUGGCCCGAGACAACGGUUCUCCUCCACUGAGCAGCAACGUGAGCGUCAACGUGUUCAUAUCGGAUACGAACGACAACUCUCCUCAGAUUUUGUACCCUUCCCCGGAGGGCAACUCCUUCAUGACUGAGCUGGUCCCCAAAGCUGCACACGGAGGCUCUGUGGUGUCCAAAGUGAUCGCGGUGGACGCCGACUCGGGACAGAAUGCCUGGCUGUCCUAUCGUAUUGUCAAGUCCACAGACCCGGGACUUUUCACCAUUGGUCUCCACAGUGGCGAGAUCAGGUCCCAGCGGGACAUUUCGGAGUCUGACAGCAUGAAACAGAACCUGAUUGUGGCCGUGAAAGAUAACGGACAGCCCCCUCUCUCUGCCACCUGCUCCAUGUAUUUACUUAUUUCGGAUAACUUGGCCGAGGUGCCAGAGCUGAAGGACAUUUCUUAUGACGACAAGAAUUCCAAACUGACCUCUUACCUGAUCAUCGCGCUGGUGUCCGUGUCCACCUUCUUCCUGACCUUCAUCAUCAUCGUCCUGGGUGUGAGGUUUUGUCGCAGGAGAAAACCCAGACUGUUGUUUGAUGGAGCAGUUGCCAUCCCCGGCGCGUAUCUGCCUCCUAAUUACGCAGAUGUUGACGGCACAGGAACUUUACGCAGCACCUACAACUAUGACGCCUACUUGACAACAGGUUCCAGAACCAGUGACUUUAAGUUUGUUUCGUCCUACAAUGACAACACACUGCCUGCUGACCAGACUCUGAGGAAAAGUCCGAGUGACUUCGUGGAUGAGCUUCAUGAUUCAUUCGACCCACUUGAGUGGUGUUGGAAGCUGAGGGACGACCGAAAAGAUCAUAAUCGUAUUGGUUGUUUAUUUUUUGGAAGAGUAGUUUGCAGUUUUAUGACGAUUGCUAUGAUUAUUUGUGGUGCAAUGGAGAAGAAAAGAUUUGCGCCGUUUGGCGACGGCUUCGUUUUUCUUUUCUUUUUCCUCCACACAAUCCAUGGAGACGUGAGCUACUCUAUCCCAGAGGAGAUGAAACGUGGAACUGUAAUUGGAAAUAUUGCCAAGGAUUUGGGACUUGAUUUGCGCCAGUUAUCUGCUCGCAAAGCACGCAUUGAUCCCGAGGAUGACAACGUGCAACACUGCGCCAUCAACCUCAACACGGGUGACUUGCUUGUUAGGGAAAGGAUCGACAGAGAGGGACUUUGCGGUAAAAAGGCAUCGUGUGUUUUAAAACAGGAAUUUGUACUGGAAAACCCACUAGAGCUACAUCGUGUUAAUAUCCGUGUUCAGGAUAUCAAUGAUAAUUUACCGCAGUUUAAUGAAGACCAGCUCAAAUUAGAAAUUCGAGAAUCAGCAGUUAAGGGUGCUCGUUUUCUUCUUAGAGAAGCACAUGAUGGAGACAUUGGAGAAAAUGCUGUUCAAAGCUACGCUUUGCAGCAAAAUGAUCAAUUUAAAUUACAUGUAAACACUAAAUCAGGUGGACGAAAGUAUUGUGAAUUGGUAUUAGACAAAGAAUUAGACAGAGAAGAUAAAAAGGACAUCAUGCUUUUGUUGACCGCAUAUGAUGGCGGCUCGCCUCGGAGAUCCGGCACAGUCGUCAUCCACGUCACUGUGCUGGAUGCGAAUGAUAACGCUCCAGUGUUUAGUCAGCCUGUCUAUAAAGCCAGUCUGCCUGAAAACUCACCUCUUGAUACGUUGGUCAUCAUAGUGAGCGCAAAUGACGCAGAUGAAGGAAUAAACAGCGAAAUCUCAUAUGCAUUUGACCAUGCAUCUGAUGACAAUAUUAAUAUAUUUUCAUUACAUCCCAAAACUGGAGAAGUGAGAGUGACUGGUGUUGUUGAUUAUGAAAAAGUAACAUCACAUGAAAUGCAAAUAAGUGCUGCAGAUGGCCUAGGAUUAAUUUCGUAUUCUUCUUUAAUUAUUGAUGUGAUUGACACAAAUGAUAAUUACCCCGUCAUACAACUAAAAUCAUUGUCAAACUCAAUGGCAGAAAAUGUGUCACCUGGUACAGAGGUGGGACUCGUUAAUGUACAGGACAGAGACUCUGAGCAGAACGGACAGGUCCGUUGCUCCAUUCCACAAAAUGUACCCUUUAAAUUAGUUCCUUCUAUUAAGAACUAUUAUUCUUUAGUGACCACUGGACAACUUGACCGCGAACUUGUGUCUGAGUACAACAUUACAAUCAGUGCCACUGACGAGGGCUCACCUCCUCUGUCCUCCUCGAAAAGUGUUCACUUGUCUGUUGCAGACAUAAACGACAACCCGCCUGUUUUUGAGGAACAGUCCUACAGCGCAUAUGUGAGUGAAAAUAACAAAGCUGGCUCCACUUUAUGUUCUGUUAAUGCUCGAGACCCCGACUGGAGACAGAAUGGCACCGUGAUUUAUUCCCUUUUACCUUCUGAAGUGAAUGGUGCCCCGGUGUCCUCCUUUGUGUCUGUGAACGGCCCCAAAGCUGCACAUGGAGGCUCUGUGGUGUCCAAAGUGAUCGCGGUGGAUGCCGACUCGGGACAGAACGCCUGGCUGUCCUAUCAUAUUGUCAAGUCCACAGACCUGGGACUUUUCACCAUUGGUCUCCACAGUGGCGAGAUCAGGACCCAGCGGGACAUUUCGGAGUCUGACAGCAUGAAACAGAACCUGAUUGUGGCCGUGAAAGAUAACGGACAGCCCCCUCUCUCUGCCACCUGCUCCAUGUAUUUACUUAUUUCGGAUAACUUGGCCGAGGUGCCGGAACUGAAGGACAUUUCUUAUGACGACAAGAAUUCCAAGCUGACCUCUUACCUGAUCAUCGCGCUGGUGUCCGUGUCCACCUUCUUCCUGACCUUCAUCAUCAUCGUCCUGGGUGUGAGGUUUUGUCGCAGGAGAAAGCCCAGACUGUUGUUUGAUGGAGCAGUCGCCAUCCCCGGCGCAUAUCUGCCUCCUAAUUACGCAGAUGUUGACGGCACAGGAACUUUACGCAGCACCUACAACUAUGACGCCUACUUGACAACUGGCUCCAGAACCAGUGACUUUAAGUUUGUGUCGUCCUACAAUGACAAUACGCUGCCUGCUGACCAGACUCUGAGGAAAAGUCCAAGUGACUUUAUUGAUGAGCUUCCUGAUUCUUUUGACCCUUUAGAGGUAGGCACUAUCAUUAAUGCGUCGUUGUUUUUCUUGACCAAAAGUUUUGUUUUUUGUUUGGUUGUCAUAACUU